AUGGAGAGAUACGACAUCUUGAGAGAUCUUGGCUCCGGUAACUUUGGAGUUGCAAAGCUUGUCAGAGAUAAAACCAACGGAAAGUUUUAUGCUAUCAAAUACAUCGAAAGAGGCCUUAAGGCAAGGUACUAUUUCAAACAACUUAUCUCGGGUGUUAGCUAUUGUCACGCCAUGCAAAUAUGUCACAGAGACCUUAAGCUUGAGAAUACGCUCUUAGACGGGAGCCCAUCAUCGCAGCUCAAAAUAUGUGAUUUCGGAUACUCGAAGUCAUCGGUUUUACACUCUCAGCCAAAGUCCACCGUGGGCACUCCAGCUUAUGUUGCUCCGGAGGUCUUGUCACGGAAAGAAUAUAAUGGGAAGAUUGCAGAUGUAUGGUCGUGUGGGGUGACACUAUAUGUAAUGUUAGUUGGUGCAUAUCCCUUUGAAGAUCCAGAAGAUCCAAGAAACAUUAGAAAAACCAUUCAGAGGAUCUUAAGUGUCCAUUACACCAUACCGGACUACGUCAGGAUUUCCUCUGAAUGCAAGCAUCUCUUAUCUCGUAUCUUCGUCGCCGACCCUGACAAGAGAAUUACCGUACCGGAAAUCGAAAAGCACCCCUGGUUCUUAAAGACUCUGUUGCCGGGGAAUUCAGAGGAAAAAUGUAAUGGAGAUAAGACUGGAGUAAAACAAGAAGAAGAAGACGAUGAUGAUGAUGAUGAAGAAGAAGAGAAGUGUCGACAAAGCGUUGAUGAGAUAGUGAAGAUAAUAGAAGAAGCCAGAAAGGGUGUGAAUGGUAAGAAUAAUAAUGGUGGAUUAGGCUUAAUAGAUGGGAGCAUGGAUCUUGAUGAUAUUGAUGAUGCUGAUAUUUACGAUGAUGUUGAUGACGAGAGAAAUGGUGAUUUUGUAUGUGCUCUAUGAUUUCAUAUCCAUUUUUACUUGCAUGCA